AUGAAGGCACCAGAUGCUGCUCUUUCGCCAGCCAAGAGAAGGGAUGGCCGCGCUCUUGAAGAGUUGUCUGAUGACAUUGACGAAGUCAACGUUCUCAAAGCCACCCUCAAGAAGGAGAGGGGACUGUAUGAUAAGCCCGAGUUUGACAAGGACAAAGACAAAUCCCAAUUCCGUCAAUACGAAAUUGUCUGGGAGAAAGUGAAAAGUUUCUAUUUCGAGCAGCAUGAGAAGCAGACAGUUGAUUUCAACCUCAAGGCCCGCAACGAAUUCCACUCAAAGACACGCGCCUACAUGAGUGUCUGGGAAGCCAUGGAGAAGCUUAACACACUCAUUGAUGACUCUGACCCAGACACCACUCUCACACAGAUUGAGCACCUCCUACAGACCGCCGAGGCCAUCCGCCGUGAUGGCAAGCCGCGGUGGAUGCAGUUGACCGGCCUCAUCCACGACUUGGGCAAGCUGCUCUAUUUCUUCGGCGCACAGGGCCAGUGGGAUGUGGUGGGUGACACUUUCCCGGUUGGCUGUGCUUUUGAUGAUAGGGUUGUCUAUUCGUCCGAGUCCUUCAAGAAGAACCCCGACUACGGUCACGAGAUUUACGGGACGAAAUACGGCAUAUAUUUUCCGGGUUGCGGUUUGGAUAAUCUCAUGCUCUCAUGGGGACACGAUGAGUAUCUCUACCAUAUUGUCAAGGACCAAUCGCUUCUCCCGCCUGAAGCGCUAGCGAUUAUCCGUUACCAUUCCUUUUAUGCGUGGCAUACGUCGGGUGCCUAUAUGGAGUUUAUGAAUGAGCAUGAUAAGGACAUGCUGAAGGCUGUUCAGGCUUUCAACCCUUAUGACCUCUAUAGCAAGAACGAUGCUAGUCCCAACGUAGAGGAAUUGAAGCCGUACUAUCUCGACCUCAUUGACGAGUUCUUCCCUCAGAAGAUUAUCAGGUGGUAG